AGAGAGAGAGAGCGCGAGCGAGGGAGGUAGAGAGAGAGAGAGAAAGAGAGAGAGAGAGAGAGAGAGAGAGAGAUCGCUCCCAUAGGAUUUUUACAACGCACUUUAAACUACAGUAGAGUAAUAAAGAGAUAGAGACGACACUGACUUGUUUGUAGUUGGUGAAGAAAGAGAGGGAGAGAGAAAGCGAGUGAAGGAUAGGCUCAGAGAGAUAGAGAGAGAUAAAGAUAAAUAGAGAGAGAGAGAGAGAGGCGGGCUACUUUCUCUGAAGUUGAAUGCCGUAAAACGCUCGUUAAAGCCGGAGGAAGCGGCCGGAGCUGUCCCUGUCAUUUUUUUCUGGAUUUUGUUUAACCGACAGGGACCAGACGUUGUGUUUUUUUCUCGUCUGCCUCAAGGCUCGCAAGUGUAAUGAACGGUUGAAGUUGAGUUCGGAACUCAGUCGGUCAGCAGUAGUGUUUGUGAAAUAAAUGUUAUGACAUUUUAGGAGAGCGUUCAUUUCGCUCCAGCGGUCGACGGUCGAGUGGGGGUAACAACCCAAGCUGUCAAACCCGAUGACUACGGCAAACUGCCCCGGGAAUGAUGAGCUGGACUUCAGACUGAUCUUCGGAGAGGACGGGCAGCAACAGCCGUUAGGCCCCACAGAUCUGGAGCCUGAUGACAACACGUCGUUCUACAUUCUAAAUGUGGGCCAGCCACAGGCCAUAGUUACUAACCACCAGUCUAUCGGCCUGUCUCGUCCUGGCAGCCAGUCUCACUCCCACAUCAUUAAUGCUUCCCCCUGCCUUCAGUCACACAAACCUGGAUCUGAGGCUCCAGGUUAUGAGGCACAAGACUCUAAGUAUGGCUCCUCGCCUCUGCUGCCCUCUGCACCUGUUGAGGCACCAAAGGCCUUUGAGUGUCCCAGCAUCCAAAUUACAUCCAUUUCCCCCAGCUGCCAGCAGGAGAUGGAUCCCAAUGAGGAGGAUCUGAGGGCUAACGGCUCCGAUGGGGACUACCAUGGUGACCGGCCCCUGUCCAGAGACCACCUGUAUUUGCGGCUGGACCACUCAUAUCGGGACUCAUCACUCAGCCCCAGCCCGUGCAGCAGUAUCUCCUCCAGGAGCUGGUUCUCUGACGCCUCCUCCUGUGAAUCAUUCUCGCAUGUCUACGACGACGUUGACUCAGAGCUCAAUGAAGCAGCAGCCAGGUUUACUCUGGGCUCCCCCCUCACGUCCCCAGGCUGUACGUCGCCUCAGACCAGUUGUGGAGUUCUGGAAGAACAGCCCCACUGGCAGCACCACCAUCUACCGUUUGGACACCACGUACACUCGGUCAGUCUGUCGCCUCGACAGUCGCCCUGCCACUCACCGCGUACUAGUGUAACUGAUGAAAAUUGGCUAAGCCCACGUCCACCUUCCAGGCCCUCUUCACGUCCGACCUCACCCUGUGGGAAGAGGCGUCACUCCAGCGCUGACAUUUGCUAUCCCGGCUCAUUGUCUCCACAUCACUCACCCACGGCGACACCAGGACCUUCUCCUAGAGGUAGUGUCACAGAGGACACUUGGGUUGGCAGUCCUUCCUUGGGGAUUUCGCCCUUCCAGUGUUGUCCUUCUGAGGCAGACAUCCCAUCUAAGACAAGGAAAACCUCUCAGGACAGAACAGCUAUGCAGCCUGGUAAAGGGGAGCUGGGGCUGGAUGACCAAGGAAAUAUGUCUCCUAAUCUAGACUCUCCCUCAGAUGAGGCCCUGCACGGCCUGAAGAAAGAUGUGCCUGGGGAACAGUUCCUCUCAGUCCCCACCCACUUUUCAUGGAAUAAACCAAAGCCAGGUCAUACACCUAUAUUCAGGACUUCCUCUUUGCCUCCACUGGAUUGGCCAUUACCAAGCCAUUUUGGCCAGUUUGAGCUAAAGAUAGAGGUACAGCCCAAAGCCCACCACCGAGCGCAUUAUGAAACGGAGGGCAGCCGAGGUGCAGUCAAAGCAGCAUCCGGUGGCCAUCCGGUCGUCAAGCUCCUUGGCUACAGUGAGAAGCCUGUCAAUCUGCAGAUGUUCAUCGGUACGGCAGAUGACCGAUACUUGAGGCCGCAUGCUUUCUACCAGGUGCACCGAAUCACUGGGAAAACCGUGGCCACUGCCAGUCAAGAAAUUAUAGUGUCGAGCACCAAAGUUUUGGAAAUUCCUCUCCUGCCUGAAAACAACAUGUCCGCCAGUAUCGACUGUGCUGGCAUUCUUAAACUGCGGAACUCAGACAUUGAGCUGAGAAAAGGAGAGACAGACAUUGGAAGGAAGAACACGCGGGUCCGCGUAGUAUUCAGAGUCCACAUCCCACAACCUAACGGCAAAGUGCUGUCGCUGCAGGCUGCCUCCAUCCCUGUGGAGUGCUCUCAGCGCUCAGCUCAGGAGCUGCCUCAGGUUGAGAAAUCCAGCCUGACCAGUUCUGGAGUUAGUGGGGGAGAAGAAAUGGUCAUAACAGGCUCCAACUUCUUCCCUGAGUCUAAAGUCAUCUUCCUGGAGAAAGGCCCCGAUGGACGUCCACAGUGGGAAGUUGAGGCAAAAAUAAUACGAGAGAAAACUCAAGGGUCAUGCAUCGUGGUGGAGGUUCCUCCCUACCACAGUAAGAACGUAGGCUCAGCUGUGCAGGUACAGUUUUAUGUCUGCAACGGCAAAAGAAAAAGGAGCCAAUCACAACGCUUCACCUAUGUGUCAGUCAUGGUGAAACAGGAACACAGAGACGAGUUGGACCUUUCUGCACUACCUUCCAUGUCCAUGCCCCUGACACAUCCUGCCAGUCUGGUGCACACCCAGCUGCCAUCUCCUGAGCAGGCCCACCCAUCGGAUAACCUUCUGUCCAGCUCCCCGCACGGCCUGGCCGCGGGCUCUGGACCUGGCCUGCUACCACUGCAGCCCCCGUGCCCCUCCCUGGGCUCCCCAUCUUUUCAGCACCUGCCUCACCUCCAGAGUCUCAGUUUGCACCACCCACCCGCAGAUUGCCACAUGACCUUCCAUCCGAGUCCUGGUCCCGCUCCACAUCCUGUGCCCUCCCGAUCCUCCUACCAGCCUAUGCAACACAGCCACAGCCACAGCCACGGCCACGGGCACGGGCAGAGCCACGGUCACGGUCAGAGCCACGGUCAGAGCCACGGUCACGGUCAGAGCCUGACUUUCAACGGCCAGUCCAGCUUCUCUCCUCAGGGUUACGAGCGGAUGCCGUUUCAGCAGAGUUCAAGUGCAGCUUCACACCCAAUGGGGAUGGGGAUGGUCUACCCCUCCUCGCCGUGCUCGUCACCAUCAGGUCCGUCCGCUGCGGUCACCAAUCCCAUCGUAGGGUCCCCUCAGAGCCAGCAGUCCUUGCUCAGCCCCUCCUCCCCGCACCUGCGCACCCUCGGAGGCUAUCACUGUUCCCCGAACGCUGCCCAGGCCUCUCCCACUGGUCACACUCUUGUCGGGCAGCACUCCUCCCAACUGCAGAGAGCUAUGGGCUACCACCCAGUAGGUCAGAGGUCAGCCUCUUGCCCCACUCCGUCUAGUGCCCCUGCACCACGCAUGAUUCCCUCACCGCACUCAGGGCCUUCCUCCCCUCAGCUCCACUCCCUGCCCUACCAGUCUCCCACCUCCUCCUCCCCCACUUCAGGUGGCAGCCCUCUGGGGCCCCUCCAGCAGCAGUCCUCUCCACAGGCAACAAGUCCUGUCAUGGCCAGCCUGUCUCCAGCAGCAGCAGGGCCUCUGGUUCACCCACUUAGUCCUCAGGGACCCUUUCCUUUGGACAACGAGAGUCUGAGCAUCAAGCAAGAGCCAGAGGAGAGUGAGCCAACCUUUCACUCCAUUGGCCUGCAGGACAUCACACUGGAUGAUGUGAACGAAAUCAUCGGCAGAGACAUGUCCCACUCGCCCAGCACUCACGCUCCCCCGUCAGCUCACAGUCAGUCGUAGUUCAGCGUCAGCUCAGGUCUGCAGACCGCUGGACGUCCUCGGCUCCAAACCCAGACUCUGCUGCUGGACCGGGUCCUGAUCCGGUCUGCGCUCACACAAGAGAUUAGGUAGAAGAAGAAGAGGACUGUGGAAGAGACGGACGGAUGGAGAUCACCAGCCUAGAAGGACACAAGGACCCGUGUUUGUCUCAACUGAUGUCAUUUACAACUUGUUGAAAUGAGUGACAAAUAAAAAAAAAAGAGAGAGAGAAAAAUCACGUCUUUAAUCACAAGGUGUGGAACCAGAC